AUGUGCGGCAUCUUCCUUUCCAUAGCGAGAAACGGCCCUGUGCUGCCUGAUCAGCAGAUUGUGGACGCCCUGCUUGCGCGAGGCCCUGAUAGCUACAAGGUCUUGCAUGUCACUUGCUCCACUGAUAAUGCCCAGAAGAUAUACCUGACCUUCAUCUCAUCGGUACUGGCGCUGCGUGGAGAGCAGAUCCAGACACAGCCUUUAUUUGACGAGGCUUCCGGCUCCGUCUUCUGCUGGAAUGGGGAGGCCUGGAAAGCUGGCGGCACCAAAGUCUCAGGCAAUGACUCGAUCUAUGUUUGGGAUCUCCUUCUUCAAGCCACCAGGGCUCGACGAAUUGAUCGCGAUCGGAGGAUUUCUGAGGCUCUCACCAGUAUAGCAGGACCCUUUGCGUUUGUCCUUUACGAUGCGCCUACUUCCACCGUGUAUUAUGGGCGGGACAGACUGGGCCGCCGAUCCCUUCUUGUCAAUCAGUGUGAUGAUGGUUCACUGACGCUGUCUAGUAUCAGUGCUUUGCACCAGAACACGGAAUGCUGGGAAGUCGCUACGGACACAGUUCACUCUCUCUCAUUAAAAAGCGCAAAUAUUGUCCCCGGAAUACUGCCGUGGCUGAAGGUACCACCUGCGAUCAACAAAAAUCUACUAAACGGGUCUCCACCCGCCUUCCCGUCUGCAUCCAGCAUCGAGGGCCUCCUGCAACAUUUACGUGAUGCACUCAUCCUAAGGUCGAUGGAUAUCCCAGAUCACUCCCACGGACAGAUGCAACCUGAUUCUGCCAAAGUCGCCAUAUUGUUCUCGGGCGGCCUCGACUGUAGCCUCCUUGCACGUCUUGUCCACGACAUCUUGCCACGGGAAGAAGCUGUCGACCUGCUCAACGUGGCCUUCGAAAAUCCGCGCUCCAUGGCUGCGAAAGUCAGCAGCACAGGUGGGGCUUAUGAACUAUGCCCAGACCGGAUCACUGGUCGAUCCAGCUUUUCGGAAAUCUGCCAGAGUUGUCCGGAGAGGUUUUGGAGGUUUGUGGCAAUUAAUGUCCCUUACGCCGAAGCACUUGCCCACAAACCUUCGAUCAUCAGUCUCAUGUAUCCGCACAACACGGAAAUGGAUCUGUCCAUUGCGAUGGCACUAUACUUUGCUGCACGAGGCAAAGGCGAAGUCUCAGAACACCCAUAUGAUGUUUGCUCAAAGGCGAAGUCCUUUGUCUCGAAUGCUCGAGUACUACUUUCGGGCUUGGGUGCGGACGAGCUGUACGCAGGCUAUUCUCGACACGCUGUUGCUUUUUCUCGGGAAGGAUUUCGAGGUCUUGCGGACGAACUCGGGCUUGACUUCGACCGAAUUGGCUCUAGAAAUCUAGGUCGAGACGAUCGCGUCAUGAGUCACUGGGGCAAGGAAAUUCGUUAUCCUUACCUUGAUGAAGAUUUCGUCAGGUUUUCCCUGAGCUUACCUGUUUGGGAAAAAUGCGGAUUCCGGGCGGGCAAGUCUGUGCCAAAGCAUUAUGAAGCAUUGGGAACAGCCAGCAAGCCCGAAGAUCUUGAGCCUGCGAAAAUGUUGCUAAGAUUAGCCAUGUGGCAGUUGGGUAUGAGGCGGACGGCAGGAGAGCGGAAAAGAGCCAUACAAUUUGGAGCACGGACUGCAAAGAUGGACGUCGGCAAAGGGCGCACCAAAGGCACUGACAUCCUGACAUCUGCAGGCUGA